CGCCACCGCAGCCGCCCGAGAGGAGCUGGGGGAGGACGGUGGCCCGCGAGGCUCGUCGCAGACAACGCGGCGGCGAUGUCCGCGAGCCAGGCGAGUGCCGCGGCGGCAGCGGCGGGGCCUCGCACGCGGCAGGGCGGCCUGGGCUUCGGCCUCCCUCCGGUUCCCAGGAAGCGAGCUGGCGGCCAGCGCGGGACCAGCAGCAGCAGCAGAGGCGGAGGCACCGGCGGGUCUCUCUCCUCCCCUUCAGCCUGAGCCGGGGGAGGCCAGGCGGCCCGGGUGGCUGGAGGGGGGGUCCGCUGCCCAAGAAUGGGAAUUCUCUUCACCAGGAUAUGGAGACUGUUCAAUCACCAGGAGCACAAAGUUAUCAUUGUUGGGCUGGAUAAUGCAGGGAAAACUACCAUUCUUUACCAGUUUUCUAUGAAUGAAGUUGUACAUACAUCACCUACAAUUGGAAGUAAUGUAGAAGAAAUAGUGAUUAAUAAUACACGUUUCUUAAUGUGGGAUAUUGGUGGUCAAGAAUCUCUUCGUUCUUCCUGGAACACUUACUAUACUAACACAGAGUUUGUAAUUGUUGUUGUGGACAGUACAGACAGAGAAAGAAUUUCUGUAACUAGAGAAGAACUCUAUAAAAUGUUAGCCCAUGAGGACCUAAGAAAAGCUGGAUUGCUGAUUUUUGCUAAUAAACAAGAUGUUAAAGAAUGCAUGACUGUAGCAGAAAUCUCCCAGUUUUUGAAAUUAACUUCUAUUAAAGAUCACCAGUGGCAUAUCCAAGCAUGCUGUGCUCUUACUGGCGAGGGAUUAUGCCAAGGACUUGAAUGGAUGAUGUCACGACUUAAGAUUAGAUGAUCUCUACUGACCUCUUCUCAUAGACUUUGUAUAAACGAAGUGCUGGACUUUAUCUGAAAGCUGCAAAAAUUAAUGGUUUAGAUAUAUUUAUAAUAAACUGAUUUAAACUUUUUCUAUAAGAAGAAUAAUUAAGACCACUUAUUUGAGAACAAAGAUGAAGUCUCAUUUUCCAAUCUGCUUUCUCAUUAGUCCCUUCCAAAGCAAGGUCUUUAAAGCUGUGAUUGCCAUUUUUCUCAUAAUGAAUCCUCUCAGGACAUUGUGUAGCCUGUGGUAAGUACAAAGGGAGAAGGAGACAUUUCUAACUUUAAGAGCUUUAUUGUCAGUAUAGGCCUCCCUAGUUGAAUGUUGUUCUCUUCUUGUUCCAUUAAGUCAGAAUACAAAUCAGCACAGAUAUUCAGUUUCCAAUAUUUUAAAAUGUAAGGUUACUUAUGAAAAGUAUUUUGCAUAAGGUCGUGUAUCUAUUGUAUAUAUACCUCAAGUUCAAGUUUAUGGCUUUGAUUUAUGUUCUGAAGAAAAGCAAAUAACACAAAAGGUAAUAUUAUCCUUAGUUAUAACCGUAAUGAGAUGAGUACUGGCAGUGGUGUUAAGUGCCAUUUUGUGCUUUCCCCUGUGUUCUCUGUAUUGUACUAACCAACCCCCAAAAUCAUUGAACUGCUCUGAAAAAAAAAGAAAGAACGAACGAAAAAGAAAGAAAAGGAGAAAGCUCCGACAUUUUGUACCUAUUUUUUUGUUGUUCAAAUUACAUACAUGAAAACAUGUAAUCUGAGUGGAGUAUCUGCAAAUUUUUGGCUUAGUGUUACGAAUGGACAGAAUUUCACAUUGAGCAAUCCUUGUUCCCUUUGUUGGAUCUAUGCCAUCUGAAUUACUGAGAAAAAUGUUAAUCCAUUAAUCGGUCAAUCAUUAAUUAUUAAAAUUAUCAAGUGAUUUUUUUCCCGCAUUAAUUGGAAGCUAUUGUGUAAAAUAUGCCUACCCAGAGAAGUAUCAUCCUAUAAAUAUUACAAAAUAAUUUACCUAGAGUCUUCUUAGGUAUUGAAUUAUACAAGCAUUUAGAGUGAGUUUGAGAUGAAAAGUACUUAUUUUCUAAGCAACAAAGGUUAUUUCUUAAUUUGAAAAUUUCUUAUUUCUGGAGUUGGGAUAGUUUGAGAUUUUUUUGUUUCUACACUUUUUUCUUUUUCACUUCUUACUAACCAACGUGAAUGCAUCGACAGCUAUAAAACACAAUUUUUUUAAUGCUUUUAAGAGUUUGGUUUAAAAAGUCGAUCAACACAUGAUAAAUUAUUUUUACAAAGAAGUAACUUGGCCCCAAAUAUCUUAUGUUUGGUUAGGGUAUUUUGUUUUUCACUGAAAAUGGAAAGAUAUGAAGGUUGAAGGUAUUUUUAUUGUAAUUGUAAACAGACUUAUCCUAAAUGUGUUCACACAUAUUUUUGGGUACUCUCUUUGUAUAUGUUUCAUGCCCUGAAAAUCUGAAGGCUGAUCCAAAGUGGCAUGUUUUAGAAUAUUCAAAAGAGAAGUAACUACCUUUAAUAUGAGCCUUUUGGAUUUCACGCACAUUUUGAUGAGGAGUGAUAGUAUAUACUACAAGCAUUGACAAAACUUUGAAAGUUUCUUUCUGUAAAAUAUAAUAUACUCAGUAGCUAAAUCCAAGUCAGGCAUGGGAGAUCAGUGUUUAACAGUGGAUGUUUUGUGUUUUAUAUUUAUAUUAUAAUGUUCAUAAUGCAAGUAUAACAUUUUAAUACUUGUCAACUUGGCUUUUAAAUUCUAAAUUACUAAGCUUUAUUUGUUCAUAUGUUCUCAUACUUUUCCAAAUCACUAUUAGGAAUCACUUGUUUUAUAUUAAAAACUCCCUUAAAAACCCAAGUCCAUUUUGCAGAUGUUGCAUUUUCAUCUGAGAUAAAUAUUCUGUAAAGUAGUCCAGCAAAUCUACAUCUUUUACCCUUUUUAUCUUUUAAUUUGAAUUUUCAUGGUUUAGUCUUGUGGGUGACUGCCAUGUGAAUUCAGCAGUAUACCAGCACAUUCCCUUGUCGACAAGCUGUUGGCUAAAAUUUAUUCUUAAUUGGAUGUUUAAAGCAUGCACUGCAUUGUUACAGUUGGUUUAGUGUAGUAGGUUAUUGACAUGGCAUCAUGGGAAUGCAUGAAGUCUUAUACCACAUUUAUGAAACAUGAUUUUUUGUGACAUUCUACCCUUCUAGGCCAAGCAUUAGAAAUAAGGUUGUACCUGUAUGCUUGUACAUAAAACCAAAAUUACAAUGAGGAAAAAAUUUUAAUUCAUGUAUAAAUAUACAUCAAGAUAAUUUUAACAGUAUUCUUUCCAAAUAUGAUGACGAGCCUUAUGAAUAGUUAUAUUGGCAAUUUAUAUGUAGUUUAAGUAGAAUUAAGUGAAAGGCAAUGCUUUUGGUUUUUAAUAUGCUACUUUUGGGGGUAAACAAUCAUCUUAUUUAGAGUCAUUGUGCUUACCUCUGAAAAGAACAAAGCCUCAUACCCCUGUACAUGUGGCUGGAUUAAAUAUCCCGUGUUUGAUAUUAAUUUUGAAAGUCAUACAGUUAUUCUUGAUAUCUUGAUGAAAGUAACCAUAUGCUAUAAGCAUUUAAAUGUGUUUAAUUUUGUGAUAAUAGCAUUUAUAAAGUAUAUCUUACACAUUAUAUUGAGGAGUCUCAUUUGAAAAUUUUCAGUUCUUUCUAACUUCUUUGGCUCUCAUGAUGAGCAAAGAAUUAAGUGAAGGCAGGUGGUUUGGGGGACAGGGGGAAGUGGGUAUGGAAUAUGACAUUUUGCCUUAAGAAUAAAGUGCUUUAGCACUGCUGGCUGGCAUUUUUAAUGCAGAUAGUUAAAGUGAUUUUAGAAGUGUGGCAUGAGAUGGAAGAGUGUUGUUUCUGGCCUUUACGAAGUGCCUAGUAGGUAGUUAACAGAAAAUACAGGGAGCUUGAGGAAAGGCAGGAAGUCCCUGAGAUGUUCUUUUCUUUAUUGUCUGAGUGUAUAGAAUUAAGAUGCCUGGAAAUGGGAUUUUAUUGUCCUCUCUCAUAGGCACUUUAUAUUUCUUGCUGUGACUAUAGCAACCACAUACAGUACAGACAACCUCAAAAUCUGUUUAUAUUAAUGUAAAUAGAAAACCUAUAGACAGUUUUCUAGUUUUCUCUGCAGGCAUUUUUGGGAAUAUAUCUGUAAUGUGUUCUACUUUGUAUAUAGAGGAUAGCAGCACAUCCCAGAUUAUCCUGUGGACUUUGGGGUCAUCUUCUCUCAAUUGCCCAGUUGUAUCUUGGCAUCAGUCCCUCUUUCAAGGCUGGGUAGAGGCAAGGUUUCUUUGCAUGACUUAGUAACCCCUCCCAGAUGUCCAAAUGUACUCUAAAACUUCCUGCUUCAGGAUCAGCUUUCUCAUAGCUCAGCCAUCCCUUGCUCUCCUGUAUCUUCAUUCACAAGCAGUGAAGGUAUGUUACUCAGUCUUGGAGGUAUUCUAAACUUUGCCUUACAGCCAUUGUUCCCUAAACUACCAGUUUCUAAGUAGGUUCUCUAGUUCUUGGCUGUGUCCCCACUACUGGGUUUAUGUAUUGAUUUGUACUUUGCUCAUUAAGAGUGUAUUGUCAGGGUUGUGGGGUAUAUCAGAAGAUUGGCUUGCUGUGUAUACAGCAAAUAAAAGCCAGUAGUAAAAUCCUUCAUACUGUAUUUAACAUUUUAAUGUUUCUUAAUUUUAGCUUCAUAUGCUGAAAAGCAGAUUCAGAAAGAUAACAGAACUACCUAGACUUUGCCAGCUCCUUAAGCUGCUAGUUACGCAUGGAAGGGAUUACAUUAUGUGCAUGUUGUCUUCCCAUUACCAAAAAUCGAUUACAUUUUGGAGGAUACCCAUAAAACUAUUUGAGUUAGAAAAAGAUGCCAAACCAUAUGUAUAUGCAGUAUUUACCCUGAAGAUAUCCUUAAAACCAUAGCUCACAUUCUGUUUUUUUCCUCAUGUUUACUUAAAGAACACAGAUAAACAUUAGAUGUCUAAAAGAAUUAGUAAUGAGAAGCCUAUCUUUACAAAAUAAACCUGUUGAAAUGGACUUUAGAAGACAUCAAAAUCAUCAACCAUAAUAUGUUGAUUCUGUAUAGAUAUAGACACAGUAUAGAAAAUACUAAUUUAAAGUUCUACCUAUAUAAAAGUAGAACUUGUAUAUCAUGCUUCCUCAAAGAAUAUAUGAGUUUUAAGACCAUAUCGGUGAAGUAAAGGAAGGAGAGUUUUAAAACUUUCGAUGCUAAAAAAUGGCUGUUUCUAUUAAAUCCUAAAAUGGUGUGUGGAAUUGUGAAGAAAUUAUAACAGGAUACAGUUGGGUUGCUUAUGCAAUUUUUUAAAUCAAUUGUCUAAUUGUUGUUGUAUUGUUCUAAAAAUUAAAGUUUAUGGUCUUGCCUAUUAGAUAUCCUGUUUUUUGAAAGAAGAUGCCCAUAGUCUGUACCCAAGAAGUGCCUAAAAUUGAUUUGUGUGGGUUUUUAAGUCCGUCUAAUAAAUUAUAUGUGUUUUCUAUGGUAUUACAUGUUUGGAGUACUGAUGGCACAGCCCUGAGGAUUUCUAAGUCACAAUUUGUGCUUUAUUUGAGGGGAAAAAAACAAAACAAAAAACUAGAUAACAAACCAUAGUUUUGGAAACAUGAGCAAAACCAUUUUUUCUUAUUCCUAAUAAAAACACGCCAUUGCCUUUUAGGUACUGCAGAGGCUAGAAAACUGAACUGUUUCUUUUUUUUUUUUUUUUUUAAAUAGUUUUCACACAGAAGAUUGUAUUGUGUAUUUUAAAACCUGAGUAAAAGUUUAUUGCUUGUAUAAGAGUAUCCUCUUAAUUCUCCUCAUACUUAGUGGUUAGUAAUUUUGAUUUUAUCAUUUAGAUCUUGAUCCAUUUUGUUGCUCAAGACAGAUCCUUCCUCUUUGUUUAGAUUCUACUUACAAACUAAAAUAUUUGAUAGACUAUUAUGUUUUCAUAUUUCCUUCCUAUCUCCCUCCUUUCCCUCCCUUUCUCUCUCCUUUCCUUCCUUUUUUUUUUUUUUUUUGACCAUAGAGUGGGACUGUAAAUUCUGGGGGCAGAGACUUGACGGUAUUUUCAGUGAUUUACAACCACAUUGUGUUUAUAUUUUAAGUCAUCUUGCAUGGAAAAGUGAAAUGUGUACAUGACUUUAAGUAAUUGUAUACUACUCUCUUCUCCAAAACUUCUUACAUUGGUGAUAUACAGAAUUCCUCUAAUUAUUUUUGCUUAAACUAGCCAUUUAGAUUGGAGUAGACUUUUCUUAUAUUGUCCCUCUGUGGUUUUUUGAGAGGAGGUAAUACCUGCAGAGCACUUUUAAAGAUAUUUUCUGGGUUAAUGUUCAAGGUAACACAUUGAGGAGGAAGCUAUAAUUACAUCUAAGAAGGGCUCUUUUGGUUGCUAGAGAUGAGAAAAACAUAUACUAAUUUUAAUUGGUGCUUAAAAUACAUUUUACUAACAGUAUUGAUUUUAAAGAUGACACAUUUCUUAUAGAUAGUCUUCUUUGUUUAUUGUAUUUUCCUAGAGAAGCCUAGAUGAAGAUAUGUUGUAAGUAGUCUAUCUACCCCUCCCAAAUUGAGCUCUGUGUUUAUUGACAUACUUGAAGCCACAUUUAAUACAACAAAGAAAUUAGGAAACCUUUUGAAAGUUUUUAGGUUUGUUGUAUUGGAAUUUCUAAUAUGAUAAAAGGUUUUAACUCAAGCUUUGCAUGCAUGAAGAGGCAAAAAAAUCUGUCUUAUCUCUUUAUCUUUUUUUGAACUUGCAUUUCUCUGAAUCCUAAGAAAAUUUUGCACUCAAGGAAUAUUCCAAAAAGUAAGGAUCUUUGAGCAUGUGGGUGCUUUGUAGUUCAUCACUGCUGAUGUGUGUUAGAAAACUAGGGAAAUCAUGCUUCAGGGCCUUCUUGACAAGAAAACUUCAUGGUGGCUGGAGGAUAUUUAUGUUUUUGCAGAGGUUGGGAGGGAGUGGCAGAUUGGAGUAGAGACCCCUCGAUUGGUAAAUCAGUCUGAUCAGCUGCUUUGCAGAUGUGUUACUUCAGUAUACUUACAACAGUGUUCUUAUGUCCAUAACUCACUAAACUGUCAAGCUCCAGAAAUGUAAGGCAUUGGUCAGGUGACCAGUGGUAGGGCCUUGUUUAUUAAGAAAUAAAGGAAUCGUGUUAAGGUAUGUUUGGGGGGAAAUGACAAAUAAGGUUUUACUUGUGAAUUUCCAUGUUUAAUAUGUAUAUUAACUUUUUUUUUAAGUUGCAUGUUAACCUGGGAUGAAGUGUUGCCUCUGCUUUAUGCUUUGAGUAAAAAGGAAAAAAAAAAAAAAAAGAUGGGUUAAAUUGUUACUCUAUUAUGUACUAUUACAUAUACCUUUUCUUUUAGAAGGGGUUAAUUAUAAUUAUUAUUCACACAUCUGUGUUGUCAGUGUUUUUAUUCUGACUUAUUCUCUGAAUAUGUUUAGAUUUAGUGAUGAUAGCUUUACGUACUGGCCAGGGCUGGGAUCUGCCAAUGCAAUUGAAAAGAUAUGAUAGCUGCAUUAUGCAAAUGAUGAAAAGAUUGUCCUAAUCUUCUCUAGGGACUUAUGGAACUUAGAUAAUAAAUACAGAGCUUUCUAUCUUUUUCAUCUGGAUAUUUGAAUUGGCCAUGAAUCAGGUAAAUAGCGACCAGUUUAUGUGAUUAAUUUGUCUUAAAAUAUGAGAAAAGUCCGGUCAUUUAAAAUGAGUAUCAUUAAAGUGAACAUUCAUGAGAAUGUCUGAUAGUAAACAAGAAAAAUGAAGAAAAGAAGUUGGGGGUGAGGAGUUACUCCCAUGCAUAUGCUUAUUUGAAAAUUGUGUGUCUCCCUCCACUGGAGUGUAAGCUCCAGGACAGCCAGUGACUAUGAGUCUUUAUGUUUACCAGUUGGUAUCUCUCCGAACUGAGCACAGUGCUGAGCAUGUAAGAGGUGUUUGAUUUAUAUAUGUUGACGAAUUAAUGAGUGAACUAUUAAUAUUUUUGUGGGUUUUCCCUCCAUAGAUAGGUUUUUCUUACCUAUGUAAUUAUAACAUACUGCUUGAUUUAAUUCUUAGUUCUUAUUUAAUUCCGCCUUAUUUCAGACGGGAUUGAAAGUGACUGUAUGUUUUUCUCAUUAGCUCUUGUGAUAGAAAUCAGAUUUGUUUCCUUAAAAAUGAUGUUCCUAAAAACAUCAUGCAGUGUAAUAAGUAUAUACAAAUUUUAUUUAUUUGAAACGUGUAUGGAUUGACAGCUAGGCAUGUCAGGAAUAUACCAGAGUUUAUUGUAAGCAUCUGCAGACAUUGAAAUGGUAAAUGGUGCAAUAGCUCUUUUGGAAAAAAAUCUCUAUCAUUUUCCUGAUCUUUAUGCCCUUUUUUUUUGUUUUUACAUCUGGAGUAUCCCCCUUUUGCUACUAAAUAACCUUUGUCCCAUGAAAGAAUGAAACUUUCACAACAUAAAAUAGCCUCUGACAUUCCUGUGAACUGGUUUCUUAUGACUGGUAGCAACGUUUUGUGAUUCUGGGACUUUGACUUGCUUAAAUGACCAGUUAUUCACAUCACUACAUGCCUUACAUUUUAGCAAAUCAUUCUGUAUCGACAUGGAUGAAAUCUUUUUGAAACAGUUCCCAUGUUUGGAUGCUUCUAGGUUUAGGAUUCCCAAAUAACAUUCUGCUGUAUUUUCAUUAUUUUCUUGUACAAGGAACAUUGUGAUGGACAUAUUCUACUGAAAGCUUGGUUCAUAGUUAGGAGUAUUUUUUUUGUAGUUAGCAAUAUUCUUUUGGCUAGAAUUUCAGAAGUGCAACUACUCGGAUUAAAUGAUAUGGGAUUUCAGAGUGUCUAUUCAUAUUUAAUUAAUAUUGUGGGUUUUUAAAAACCCUUUCCACUUAAAUAAAAGGAUAAGCGUGUUGUCUUAUUUUGAACUUAAUUAUUUAUUGAUACUAUUUUUCUGUGUAUUUCAGUGUCUUAUUCUUUCACUCUUUUCAUUAUUAGAAUCUUAGUGUUUUUCUUAUAAAUCAGUUGAAUCCUUUAAUCAUUAUUUUUGCAGACUUCCCAGUUUGCCCCUUUAAUUUUUAUAAUUAUCUUUAUAGCAUAUAAACAUGUUUAUUAAUAUAAAAAAUUCACAUAAGAAAACCAGGAAAGAGAUAUAAUAAGCAAAAAGAACAUUAAAAUCAUCCAUUGUCCCACCAUUCUAAGAAAAUCAGUGUCAACACUUUGGGAUGGACAUGUAUAUAUUUGAGUGUGUGUGUUGAACAUAGAAUUCUAAAAUGCCUUGUAAUUUUUCCACAAUAUACUAUAGACAUUUUUCACAUAUAAAAAAUUAUUUUAAUGAUGUAUUUGCUGUUUGGGUCGUCCCAAUUUAUUUAACCAGUCUUCUGUUGAUGGACAUUAACUUGUUACUUAUUUCUCACCAUUAAAAACAAUACUGCAAUUAA